CGCUGCGCGGCCACUUCAAUUUCCCCGCUCUCCAACAGAUCCUCGCUGGCCGCGAGUGUACGGAAGUCGCCUUCCCCCAUUUGAAGACCCGUGUCGAAGAGGAACAGCCUACUACGGUGAAUGUUUUGAUUUUGGUGGCCCCCGACCAUUACGCGUUUGCAGUGAGGAAAGCAAAAAAAAGAGGCAAACUGAAGAUCACGAGCGAAGGAGAUAGUGAAAGUGCGUUCAGUAACAAUCGCGUUCAGCGAGGGUGAAAUGGCGGAAGCACCGGGUAAUCGGGCAAGAAACGUCCGGAACGAAAAGCGGAACCCGGAAAGCAUAGAAUCGAACAGUAGCAGUAGCAGCGGAUCGAGUAGCAGCGAUGAGUACGAUGGCGGUGGCCAGUACGCCGAAAACAGUCCGUGGGUGUUUCUACCGGAGCCACUGUUUAUCAAAAUCUUCUUUCACCUGCACCCGCGCGAUAUGCUGAACGCGGCCCAGUGCUGCCGACGGUGGUACAGGCUGUCGAAGGAUGACUACAUCUGGCGCAAGUACUUCCGCCGGGAGUUUAACGUGGAUGCGUCCAUUCCACUCAAGCGAGGGGCCGAGAGCUGGCGUUCCGAGUAUCGCCGACUGACCAACAACGUGCCGCUGGUGAUGACGGACGUGCUCACCAAACAUUCGCACCAAGUGCUGCACGUGAGCUUUUCGCAUAAUGGCAAAAUCUUUGCCACCUGCUCCAAGGACGGUUUCGUGAUCGUUUGGAAUGCCAGCUAUCCGUCUACCAUACGAGACUCGUACGACAUGAAGAAGCUAAAUUGGAAGUACACACAGUACUCACAGUUCAACCAGAGCGACACGCUGCUCCUGGUGUCGGGCGUCCACUUUGGCUCGCCGCACAGCACUUCCGGCGAGAUUGCCGUGUUUACGAUGCAGAAUGGAUUCCGGUUGAAGUGUCGCGUAACGAACCGACCGUACGACAUCUUUGGCACCUGGUUCAGCGAUCAGCAUCUGCUGUCGGGUGACCUCAGCUGGUUGGCGCACCUGGUGAGCCAAUCGAUGCUGUGGUUGAACAAGGCCAGCCAGGAAGUCGAUUCGGAGCACACGCCGGUGCGGAAGCAGAUUUACAAGUUUUACAAUCGAAACGCUAGCUCGAUCCGCGCCAUCAUGGUCGCCAACUGUCCGUGGCUGGCGGAGGACGAUACCGUCGGCAAGGGAGGGAAGGCUGAAGACGGGGACGAAGCGGCCAAUCAAUCGAGAGCGACCGACGAUGGAGCAAGUGGAAGCGGUGGGCGUCGGGCAGGCAAUCCACUGUCCCAUUACCAGAUGAACCACGAUCCCGAUUCGGAGGACGACGACGACGAUCCGGAUGAAGAACCAGACGCCGGUGCGAACGUUAAUGGGAACCAGGAACGGGAAGGUGAUGAGGGGCAGACAGGGGUGGCGAUGCAACCGCCGGUGGCUGAGCCGGCGGAUUACGCCAGCCCGAUCCAGUACCUGGAGGAGUUUAGGCAGGAGUACGAAGAGUCGUACUACGAUUCGUCGGACGAUUGCCUUGAUGACGACGACGAUGAUGACGAAGCACGUGGUUGCGUUGCUGACGAUCCGACGGAACUGUCCGACGGAAGCGAGGACGACAUUGCGCAGCUUAGCACACCGAAGUAUCUGAUAUUUUCGACCGGCUCGAAAACCUACACUCCGCAUCAGAUCGGCUUCAAGCGCAUAACGGGGGUAUCUUUUCCGCGCCGCGUCGAAUACGGGAGCACGCUCCGGGAGCGCGUCGCAAUCCGCGAGCGACAGCGCGAACUGCAGGUAAUUAUGGCCGAGAUGUCACCGGAAGAAAUCCGCCUGCAGUAUCUGUUACAGAACGAAUCGCCCCCGGUCGAACCGAACUGGGCAAACUACGAGGCAGUGGCGGACCGGUUCGAUCGCGUCGACAAGUUAAUCGAUCUGCACGGCCACAUUAUCGGCAUGGGCCUGAGCCCCGACCAUCGCUACCUGUACGUGAACAGUCGGCCGUGGCCGAAAAACUGCGUCAUCCGCAACCCGCUGGAGCCGCCCGCGAUCGCGCAGGAGAUCGACAUUCACGUGAUAGACCUGAUGACGCUGAAGAAGGUUGGCAAAAUGUUGCGCGCCCACAAAGCGUACACCCCGAACACGGAGUGUUUCUUCAUCUUUCUGGACGUCUGUGAUAAUUACGUCGCGAGUGGUGCCGAAGAUAUGCACGCUUACUUGUGGGAGCGAUACUAUGGUGUGUGUCUGGCCAAGUACCAGCACGAGGACGUAGUGAACAGUGUGGCCUUCAAUCCGCGUGAUAACGAGAUGCUCGUGACCACCAGUGACGAUUACGAAAUUAAGGUUUGGCGAUCGGCAGCAAAAGCGAAAAAGCUUGGCAUCGUUCCGGUUGGGAAGGCGGUCGAGUUUAGAAAGCUGAACCGCAACCAUCGCCCUCCAGCGCAGCCCCAUUAUCGUAGACGACGAUCGUUUGUGUAGAUAAUGGUGCGGAGAAGAUGUGAUCUUCGCCCCUCUUUCUCAAAUGUAGUGUAUCCAUCGAUAGUCUAGUCGGAGCAUACGUAAGGAUCAAAAGCAAUCUUAUUGGCACAAAUGGGUGGGCCACGUGAUAGGUUAAUAUGUGUACGAGUGUGCCGUUGUUAUUCCCAACAAAAUAUGCUGCAAAAUUAAAGCCCGUUUUAACCGUGUUUAUAGGUUCGUUAGUUUUGUCUUCGACCCUCGUUUGAUUAGCAUUACUGUAAUAUUAUGUAUGCUUUCGUUCGUUUUCGUAUACAUAUAACCACUAUUGGGUGCAUAGUUCAACACAUUUGUGGGAAGCGGAUAGGCAAAAAUUCUAGAAGUAGAUCUAUUCGAGGAUGUACAGUGUAUG